CCAGUGCUGCGUGUGGCGCUGUGAGCAGUCGCGCUCUUCUCUCCCGCCGUGCGGUCAAAGUGCGCUCGUAGUCCUUCCCUCGUGCGAGUGUGCUGCCAUAGCCUAUGCUAUUUAAAUAAACAAUUUUUUUCUUCUGAAAUACUACUUUGGCAGUCUAGUCAUGAGUUUGCCGCUGAACCCCAAGCCCUUUCUGAACGGCCUCACGGGAAAGCCUGUGAUGGUGAAGCUGAAGUGGGGUAUGGAGUACAAGGGCUACCUGGUGUCGGUGGAUGGCUACAUGAACAUGCAGCUGGCCAACACAGAAGAAUAUGUGGAUGGAGCAUUAGCGGGUCAUCUUGGUGAGGUGCUCGUCAGGUGUAAUAAUAUUUUGUACAUAAGAGGAGUAGAAGAAGAGGAAGAAGACGGCGAGAUGAGAGAAUGAAGAGUCACUUGAUUUCUGUUUCUAAUCGGAUUGGAUGAUUUAUUGGUUAUUUAGCAGUUUGUCUCAGUUUUAUGUCUCUUUUCCUUGUAAAAUUGUUAGUUAUUUUUUACACUGUAAAAGUUAUUGGUGGCACAAUGACAAAUAAAUUGUGCUGUUUGUA